UCGACCGGUACAGGUGACAGCGCCGUUCAUCAUGCGGUUUCUUGUACUAUUCGUAGUUGUCGUUUUUUUUUCUACAGUUUUCGCUGAAAAUGACGAAGAAGAGGACGAAUAUGAAGACUGGCCUGACUUUCACGUCGAAAUACUCCACAAACCGGAAGGAUGCGAAGAAGUCAGCAAAAAUGAAAAGUCGCUAACUUUCGAUUACAUUGCCCGCCUUCACGAUGACAUUAACCAAGGAUUGGAGUUUGACUCCUCAAUCAAGCAGGGGAAAAAGAUGGUUUUCACCAUGGGUGAACACAUGGUUAUGAAAGGAUGGGAGGAAGGGCUGAAAGAUAUGUGUAUUGGAGAAAAACGAAAAUUAUUUAUUCCUCCUGGUGAAAUGCAGGAAGGCGAUAAGGGAACUGUAGGUGCAUUAAUACCAGGCAAUGAUGUGGCUUUAGAGUAUGAAUUUGAAUUGCUGGAUGUGGGUGAUAAGCCUCUAUCACAUCCUAGAUCCAACAUCUUCAAAGUGAUGGAUACAAAUGGUGACAUGCAGCUGACAAAAGAUGAAAUGUUAAGAUAUUUUGUGGAAUAUGGUCUUGGUGGACUUAAAGAUGAUGAGACAAUGGACGAUGCAGUGGAUAUGAUAUUCCGAGACCAAGAUGGAGAUAAAAAUGGACAUGUGUCUUACGAGGAGUUUGUUGGGCCGAAACAUGAUGAACUCUAAUAUUUUAACUUGGAUUGUUUUCUUCUUACGUAGACUGGCAUGCUUUUCUUAAUACAUGUAUUGAUGAGAUCAGAAAUUUAUGUGUUGGAAUCAUCUUACAUGAUUCUUCCUAUUUGACUAUUCCAAGUCAAUAUUCAGCCAAUGGAAGACACUUGGCUUCUUCACUGGCAUUGGUGAAUUGUAAGACUGGUACUGAUUGGCUGCAUAAUCAGUUACUUGAAUUUGAUGGCCAAUAAGAUUGUGACUUGCGGAUUCUGACUGAGAAUAUUAUGUGAAAUAUUUGAAUAUGUGCAAGUGUGGGAGGGUAACCCGGUAUAUAUACGUUCUACCUACGUUAUUUGUUCAAUUGUCAAUGAUUUGAGUAAUGAAGGUUGAAGACUGUUUUAGCUUAUCAUGUGAUCAUUAGAUUUGACUUCAGUUGCUAAGUUUUGAAAAGUUUUUCAACUUUCGUGUAUUCAUAAAGAUUCGCUUCUCUAAUGCAGAACAUCAGUGAAUAUUUCCCCCAAAAUAUGUUUCAUAAUAUUCCCAAGACUCCAACAAAAUGAUCUCAGACAGUUUUAGAAAGCAUGAUACAUAUUUUUUGAUAUUAUUUAUUAUUCAUCACUGUACCACCUUGAUUAAAUUGAGCAAGUUUUAUUGUAGUACUUAUAUAAACAUCCUUUGAUGCAUUUUUUUGUUAUCUUUCUAUAAACUAUCUAUUUUUUUAUGAUUUUCAAUACUGUAAGUUUGUUUUGUAUAUUUUUGUUACUUUUUCACACAAUCAGUGUAUAUGUUUGAAUUCUAUACUUUUCUACCAGCAGGUGAACUUAGAAUUGUGACGGGUUGUAAUAAAAGUAUUU